AUGAUGCAACAACACCAAGAAUGUAAUGCUCAAUACAAGUCCAUCAGUAGAAGUAUCGAGCAAACAACAAAUCAGGUGAAUGUUCAUUUGAGAAAUUUGGAUCGGCUGAAGAAGAAGAUGGUCAGUGAGGAAAAGAAGAAUGCCAUUAAUUUAUUAAAAAGUAUGAGAAUUGAAACUGGUGGAGCAGAGAUACCAUUCAGUAAACCUCGGAAGAGAGGAAUUACAUCGAAAUUUUCCAAUGGGGUUGGAUUAAAAUCAGAAGACUUGGCUGAUGAAUAUUUGGUUCCUUUAAAACAGAGAUAUCCUGAAACUGGGUGUAGGUUUUGA